AUGGCUAAACUUGUGCUCUGGGGUGAUAAUUUCAUCCCGGUCCCAGACCUGAACAUCAGACCAGGUGGUCCCAUUGCCCUCGGAAAUAUCAUCAUGGAUCCCUACAACCCCACCGAAGCGAUAAUAGUAUGCGACACAAAGACUCAGGAUUUUGCAGAUGAGUCCAAGCAAGAUGAUGAUAUCUCAAAAAUGACAACAACAUUACCUUGCAUCCGGAGCGAGCUCAAGUACUCAUGCUGGACAGCCACAGAGUUCCUGAAGCUCAGCUUAACGACAGAAGAUUGGUACCGGACAUAUGUCUCCGAUGGAAUGCUUGAUGGCUAUAUCAAGGAAAAAUUCCACGACCCAAUGUGGUGUGAAGCAUUGGGUGUCAACAAGGAAUGGCCCACAACCGCCUACAUGAUUACCGGGCUUCGAGUCACCAAGCGUUUUGAUAUUAGUACGCAGCGGAAGGAAUGGGUGACUCCUGGACUUUAUCAGGUAAAUUGGGAGGAGCGCCAUUGGGAUGCAGAUGAACUUACACUUCUGGAUCGGUCGAGGGAAAUCCCGUGGAAGAGUGCGCGGAAUUGUCAAUUCCAUGAGGAUGAGGGGACCAUCCUGGCUUAUCAGCUCUCUCAGAUUGUCGUGAAGGGGUGGUUUAACAAGGAACUCAAGUUGCACAAGUAUCGGCCCAAGAGACCGUCUUUGAGCGGGAUGAUUGCGAUGGUGGAGUUUAGCGCUGAUGAGAAGGAAGGUGUUAAGGAGAAGGAUUGCUAUGAGGAAGAGAUUAAGGAAAAGGUUUAUUACGACCCUACUGACUUGGAUGUGAUCUUACUGGACUGA